AUGCUUGCCACCGGCGGCAUGCCAGCGGCACAAGCAGGCACGGGGGCCGCCCUUGGAAAGAACCCAAUGGGUCGCCACCUUCUGCAGGGCACAAACGGCGCAGCAUACUCAAAUGGCAAUAUGGGCGGCAGUGCUGCAAUGGCCCCAACCACUACCUUGGGCCGCCACCUGUUGCAGGGCACCAGCGGUGCAGCUUAUGUAAGCGGCAGCGAGACCAGCGGAUCGGCUAUGGCGCCAAGCAGCGGCCGCCACCUGCUGCAGGGCGUCAACACUGCAGCUUACACUGCUGACAGCGGCAUGAGCAGCGGCUCUGCUAUGGCCCCAAUGAGCGGUCGCCACCUGCUACAGGGGGUCCACACUGCGGCUUACACCGCCGACAGUAGCAUGAGCAGCGGCUCUGCAAUGACCCCAAGCAGUGGUCGCCACCUGCUGCAGGGCGUCAACACUGCGGCUUACACUGGAGGUAGUGACAGUGGCAUGAGCAGCGGCUCAGCAAUGGCCCCCAGCAGCGGUCGCCACCUGCUGCAGGGUGUGAACACCGCAGCUUACACCGCUGACAGCGGCAUGAGCAGCGGCUCUGCUAUGGCCCCAAGCAGUGGUCGCCACUUGCUGCAGGGUGUGAACACCGCAGCUUACACUGCUGACAGCGGCAUGAGCAGCGGCUCUGCUAUGGCCCCAAGCAGCGGCCGCCACCUGCUGCAGGGCGUCAACACUGCGGCUUACACUGGAGGUAGUGACAGUGGCAUGAGCAGCGGCUCAGCAAUGGCGCCUAGCAGCGGUCGCCACCUGCUGCAGGGCGUCAACACCGCAGCUUACACCGGAGGCAGUGACAGCGGCAUGAGCAGCGGAUCGGCUAUGGCGCCAAGCAGCGGCCGCCACCUGCUGCAGGGCGUCAACACCGCAGCUUACACCGCUGACAGCGGCAUGAGCAGCGGAUCUGCAAUGGCUCCCAGCACCGGCCGCCACCUGCUGCAGGGCACAAACAGCGCGUCCUACUCAGCCGGAGGCUCCAGCGGCAGCGACAGCGGCGCAUUCGCAGACCAGACCAUCGGGCAGGCCACCAACGGCGGCGCGGCCGCGCCGGCACCUGCCACCUGA